GCCGUCUCCUACUCCUCUUCCGGUACUGCGAAGGAGCUAGCUCUACUAAUGUCCAUGGCGAUGAGCGACACCGACUCCAGCUUUGCGCAAUGGGCCAGGCUCUACGACCACGAGCACAGCAUGGAACCGCCCACCGGUUGCGCGGACGGCGUCGCGGCGGACGCUAACAUCGCCGCCGCCGCCGCGACGAGCCCAACGUCGGCCGGGUCUGGCGGCAGCCCGACCAAGGCCAGCCAGAAGCCCGGCGUCGAGGGGGGCCGGGUUGUCAAGCCGGCGCGGAGGCGGUCCCGCGCGUCGCGCCGCGCGCCCGUGACGCUGCUCAACACGGACACCGCCAACUUCCGCGCCAUGGUGCAGCAGUUCACCGGCAUCCCGGCCCCGCCCGCCGGCUCGUUCGCGGGGCCUGCCGGCGUUCCGGUCAUCAACUUCUCCGCCGACUACGGCUUCCCGCCUCCCUCGGCCGUCAUGUCCUUCGAUCACCUCCACCGGAGCCAUCAGCCUCCGGCGACAAUCCAGGAUCAGCUCCGCAGGCAGCAGCAGUACACCGGCGCGACAUUUGGUUACAACAGCCUGCAUGGCGGCAGCACCGGCGACGUGUUUGCGGCCCACGGGCUCGCGUCGGUGGAGGACAGGAUGCUCCUGCAGAGCAUGCAAGUGGCUCAGAUGCCCCACAUGCCGCCGGCGUCCGCCGCUAACAACAACGCCACUGGGUUCUUUGCAUGAAUAAGGAGUAACUGAUCAAGGUACGUGCGUCCAUGCAUCGAGGAGCUCAUGGGAAGGGAGAGUGAAGAUUAGAAACAAAAGAAAAGGGCUAAUCAGAGUUCAUCAAGUUUCUCAUGGUAUGUGUUUAGUUUGCUUUUCUGCUUGUUCGAUUCAUGCAGUUUAGUUUAUCGGCUGCAGAGAUGUAAAUACUGAUGUAGUUUGUUUGUACUCUGGUCACUCUCCUCGAUAUUUUGGCUCAUCUGAGUUCACUUUCUUGUGCGAUUUCGAUGCCGAUUUGGUGGCGAGGAACA